UCAAUUUUGUUGCCGAUAAACUCGAUCUUAAAGACUUAUUCAUCACUUUUCCUCAUAUUCACGACUUCGCCGGCGGCUGCCGCCUGGCCACUCUGUAAGUUCCGUACUCGCAAUUCACCUAUCAAAGUUUAAUUUUAGGUAUUAAUUAGGAACUUUCAUUUUGAUGGUUAUGAAGCAGGCGGAGAUUUUGGUUUGUGGAACGAUUUUGAAGGCAAAAAGGUUUUGAUCAUUUUUUGAAUCUAUAGAUGCACACAUCUAAUUAGUUAAAAAUGGCGUUGAUCAACGCUGCAACCUUCAAAGUAAUUAGGAAAAACCCUGAGCUAAUCCGGCCGGCAAAGCCCACGCCUCAUGAAUUGAGAAUCCUCUCCGACAUCGACGAUCAAGACGGCCUCCGUUUUCAGAUGCCGCUGGUAGAAAUAUACCGGCAUAACCCCUCCAUGGAAGGGAGAGACCCAGUCAGGGUUAUUCGCGACGCUGUAGCUGAGGCAUUGGUCUUCUACUACCCUUUUGCCGGGCGGCUGAGGGAAUACGCCACCAGGAAACUGGUGGUGGAGUGCACCGGCGAGGGGGUGGUGUUCGUUGAGGCCGACGCCGACGCCACUCUGCAACAGCUUGGCACACUUCUACCGCCGAUCCAAAACCUGCACGAGCUGCUCUACGAUGUCCCUGCCGCUGCUGGAGUCAUCGAUUGCCCUUUGAUGCUUAUUCAGGUUACGCGCCUACUAUGUGGUGGAUUCGUCUUUGCCUUGCGCUUCAAUCACGUCAUGUGCGAUGCUGCAGGGAUUCUCCAAUUCUUCACAGCAGUUGGCGAACUUGCCCGUGGUGCUGAAUACCCUUCUGUUCUACCAGUUUGGCAGAGACACAUUCUCUGUGCUCGUUACCCACCACGCGUGACAUUGAGACACCCCGAGCACGAUAUCGUGAUUGACACUAAGCGAACCAUCAUCCCACAUGAUCGCAUGAUGCGACACUUGUUCUUCGGUCCCACUGAGAUCUCCACCCUCCGCCACACCUUACCUCCACACCUCCACAGUUGCUCGAGGUUUCAACUGGUGACAGCCUGCAUGUGGCGCUGCCGAACAAUUGCUACCUCUCCUCACCCUAGCGAAGAGGUUAGAUUGCUGUGUGUUGUGAAUGUUCGUAAGCGAUUGAAUCCACCUCUCCCAGAUGGGUACUAUGGUAAUGCUAUUGUUUACCCUGCAGCAGUCACCACUGCUGACAAGUUAUUGAAAAACCCAUUCCAUUAUGCAGUAGAGCUCGUGAAAAGGGCGAUAGACAAAGCAACAGAGGAGUAUGUGAAAUCAGUUGUGGAUUUGAUGGUGAUGAGAGGGCGGCCGAAUCUCACGGGGGUGCAAACAUAUUUAGUGUCUUACGCCAAGGGUUUCGAAGAAGUGGAUGUUGGUUGGGGGAAGCCCGCGUAUGGCGGGGUGGCAAGAGGCGGCUUUGAUUCGUUCCCGCGAGCCGUGAGUUAUUUUUUACCCUUUAAGAAUAGCAAGGGUGAGGAGGGGAUAGUGGCCCCCAUAUGCUUACCGCCAAAAGCCAUGGAUGCACUCGUUGAGGAGCUUCAGAAGAUGUUGUUUUGUCGAAGAAGCUCAAUUGUUUCAGCGCUGUAACAGUCGCAAGUCGCAACACCUAUGAGGUGGUGAUGUAUGGCGAGUUUCGAUUACUUUUACUUGGCAUGUUAGUCAUGGUAGCACCAACCCCGUGUAAUUAUCUAAGAACUGAUUUCAUAAUUCAUAACAACUUCCUCUAAACUCAUUAUGUAAAUACAAAUAUACAAUCAUAUAAUUCGGCUUCGUUUGACAUGAUGUUGCUUUGUUGGAA